CAAAAGUCCAUAAAUACUUUUAAGUCGUUGAAAUAACGUUCAUUCGUUAAUACAUCACUAACGGAGACAAAUUGUGCGUCGCGUCCCAAAUAUAAUGCGCUUUAUUUCAUUUUUGUGCUUUUUACCGCUGUCAAUAGUUUUAGCGGCACCUGAAGGAUAUAAAUAUAGAGAACCUGUCGCCAGACUUCAGCAAGGCAAUGCUCCAGCGAAUGCAUUUCAGCCUAUCGUUGCGACCGGAAGACUUGUAAAUCAUGAGCAACAACAUUAUCAAGGCCAACUAAGUGGAAAGUUGCAAACACAUAAUUAUAAGACAGUACAGCAAGUCAUACCCACGCAAUUAUAUCACCACAGUCAGGAUGUAAAUGGGCAGACGGGAGAAGGUUUAAGUACGCUGACACCACCAUCAGUGCAGUUGCCUAUAAACUAUAGUCCUGCAGUGCAUCUAACACCUCAAGUCCCAGUUCAGUCCUUUCACAACGCGCCGAAUGCCGGCGCCGAUCAAACAUCGGCAUAUUUCUCCCAUCAAGCGGCAGGCCUUUCUCAAAAUGUUAAUCUAAACAAUCAACAGCAUUACUUUGUGGCAGGUGCACAACAGCAACCACAACAACAGGGCAACAAAGGAUUUGUCAAACCUAUUCAUACAACUCAUUUGCCAAUACAAAGCAACAUUAAUUCGUUCAGUUCGUUGUCGUCUCAUCAUCUAACCAAAAACUUCAACACAAUUCCGACGUUCGGUGCAUUGCAUCCACUGGACGGACAAUUGAGCCAAGUUAUACAAGAAGCAUAUUCUACCGCCCCGUUGGAUCCUACGAUAGAGAAACACAUUUACGUGCAUGUUCCUCCCGAGGAACUUGAAGAGACAGCAAGCAGUCUGAAGUUGCCGCCGCAAUCAUUAUCCACCGCGCCGAAAAAGCAUUAUAAAAUCAUUUUUAUUAAAGCCCCGUCAGUGUCUACAUCAUCACAUUAUGCCCAUUUGGCGGCGGCAGCUGCCCCUCAGGUUGAGGAAAAAACUUUGGUAUAUGUGUUGGCGAAAAAACCCGACGAACCAUCUGCCGAAUUUUUGCAGCAGCUUCAACAAUCCACCUACAAAACGAACAAACCCGAAGUAUAUUUCAUUAAAUACAAAUCGCAUAACGAGCAAAAGACCAACGGUUUUGUAAACAUUGGCAAUGGUUUUACCGAUAUACGAACGGAUAUUGAAAGUAAUAAUGUUGAUGCUUCAGUGACAUCCUCAUCCUCAUCCUCAUCCUCAUCCUCAUCCUCAGCCUCAGCAACAUCGUCCUCUUUAACUGAAGAUCUUAAACACCGGGUGUAUGGCGUGCCUUUACAGUAAUAUUUUUUUUCUCCUUUUUUUUCCUUUAAAUUUUUAUUCACAUUUUGGUGGAAAUGUAUGUAACAUAAUCAUCUUUCAUAAUUAAUUGCUUCCAUUAUGAUUCACAUUUCACCUGUUAUUAACCGUAGUCGACAUGAAUAUCUUUCUUUUAAAAUUGCGCCGUUAGUCAUAGGAAAAGAGCCAGCCAACCAUCUAUCCCUAAAGUGUCAAAACAACACAAAAACUUCAUCUUCAAUGCAUAUAUUUAAUUAAUGAACAUAUUUAGUUAUCGCCUAAGC